AUGCACGCCCCGUCUCUCAACCUCAUCAUGCUAUUCUGGUUCUUAAGUAGUCGCAUCGGGGCCGUACCAAUGGGUCCUACUAAGCGGCAGGGAUCCUCAUCUGAUAAUUUCUCUUUCAAUGUGACGUCUACAACUGAGAGAGAAGGCUUGGAGAAUGACGCGAUGGAUGGGUUGGCAGAUGUGAGCUGGUCCUUCUCUACUCUGGCAUGUCGUGAGAAGGAGUUGCUACAGAAAUCAAUGGCGGCUGAUGUGAUGUGGUGUCAAGCUCUCGGAACUCGAUCUCGUCAAGGAAUGACCAGCGGGUGGAAGCAGGGUGGCCAACGUGAUCCUCGUGUACGACUUUAUCUUGGGAGGUGCUUUGUCUGGUCGAUACAGAGACAUGGUCUAUGGUUUGCUCGAGACUUUCUCGCUCACAAGAGCAACUGA